AUGCGCAUCGCAAGCUUAGCCCAAACUCCCAUCCUUGCGCAAAUGCCAAUGGCUAGCAGUCAGGCAGCGCCGUUCUCGACAACCGUUCGCAUGUGCAAGCGAAAGACCAGGGACAACAACAAGAAGCGUGGCGUCAGCAGCCUGUACCGCUCCGGCCCGCGCGAGCCUCUGUCCAUGUCCAAGGUGUCGCUGCCGAAACCUCGCGACAACUACAAGCCCGCGACGCUCGUCGACAAAAACCAUGGCCUCUGGGGCUUCUUCCCGGAACCCAACAAGCUAAUGUGGACGCCGGCGGAGAUGGAGCAGCAUGGGAGGGCCUGGACAGUUGAGGAGCUGCGCCGCAAAUCGUGGGAGGACCUACACGCCCUGUGGUGGACGUGCUGCAGAGAGCGCAACAUGCUGGCGACUUCCAAGGCCGAGCUGGAGAGAACAAAGCUCGGCUUUGGUGAAAGAGAAAUCGAGGCGCGUGAGCUCGAGGUCAACAAGACGAUGAAAGCCAUCAAGCACACGCUGACCGAACGACAAUAUACGUGGGAAGACGCGACCGAGGUUGCCAGUGUAGAUCCGGAGAUUGAUCUUCACGCGGAGGACGGACAGUUUUACAAGCCAUCAGCGUAUGAGGAGGAGACUGAUGCGCAAGAUACGUGGGCGCCCGAGGCGGCCAAGCCUGAAGAGGCCAGUAGAGGCGAGUCGGCCAAGGUGCCGAGUUAG